AUGUCGCCCGCGCACGCGAUCGCCACGCCGAACCCAUCGCUCAUGUUCGCGAUCGCGAGCGACGACCCGGAAGCGGUCAAGCGCGUGCUCGAGAGCGGCGAGGCGGGGCCGAACGACCGGCUGGGCCCGCAGAGCGCGCUCGCGUUCGCGCUGACGAACGAGAAGCUGGCGAACAAGGCGGCGAUCGUGAAGGCGCUGCUGGCGUACGGCGCGAACCCGGCGAGCUUGAGCAAGGCGGAUAUGAAUCCGCCGAGGAGCGCAAGUCAUGGGAGUGCGAGGAGCACGUUGGGCGAGCUGCCGUUUUCGACUACGCUCGAGGGUAUGGACCCCGCGACUCGGUACUUUGUCAGGCGCGCGAGCUCGGCGCACACGCGUCACAUCUCGCAGCUCGUCUACCGCUCAGUCUUCCGCCCGCUGAUACGGGUCCGGUACGACGUUAUCGGGCAGGACUGCGUGUUCGAGCAGCUGUUCCGUGUUCUCAGCAUGCACUCGCAGAAGCUCUCGGUCUCCCCGGUCGUCGUGAUGCUGUGCGGCCCAAGUGGACAUGGCAAGAGUUUACUUGCUCGCAAAUUCGGCUCCCUUCUUGAUGUCCCAACGCACACUGUCAACAUGACGACGCUCCAGUCCACCAACGACCUCUGGCAAUCCUAUUCGAUGAGUCCAUAUGAGGUGAGAGAGCCCUCUGCGAGCACGCUCGCGGAGUUCUUGAUGGAGAACGAAGGCAAGCGCUGUGUCGUCGUCCUGGAUGAGAUCGAAAAGACGCAGCACGAGACGUGCCUCUGGUCAUUGUUGAUGCCUUGGGAGCUUGGUCGCUGCUCCCUCGAGGCAGGCAAACGUCACAUCGACGUGCGCAACGUCGUCUGGAUCGGCACGUCCAACAUUGGCCAUGACCUCGUCUUUGAGCAUCAAGACGCGCGCGCAGACCCCGAGGCUCCGUUCUCACGGGAGGAGUACGUCGAGCUGAUGUCGCCCGUGAGAUCCCGCCUUCUCAAUGCCAUGGGGGCGUCGCUCAUGUCACGAGUGUCCGCGACGCUGCCGUUUGUCCCGUUCUCAUUGGACGAGCGGCGCGCUAUCGCUGCGGAGGCGGUGUACGCCCUCGCAGGUGAGGAUGCCGUGAAGGAGAUGACGGCGCAGGACGUGGAGGACCUGGUCGCGAAGGCGAUCCCGAGCUAUAUCCCGUCCGAAGGCGCGAGGUCGCUGUACCGCGCGGUGUCGAGCCAGCUACUAGACUCUCUCUAA